CGGUAGCGUGACAGCGCCUCGAGCGCGGCGUGGCGCGGCCGGUGCUCGCGGGUGGAAGGCCGCGGCCGUCUGCAGCCUUCGUGCGAGCAGGUGCGAUUUCAUCAGGUCAUGCGGAGUUCCCGCAGGGGGGCGCCCCGCUGAGAUCUUAUUCCAGCUAAUAAGGGGAUAAUUUGGGGUGAUUUCUGUAAUAUUUCGCAGGUCAAAAUUUUCGCUUUCUAGCCAAUUGUUGUGAAAAGUGAUUUACUCCUAGCACUCGGUGGGAUGACUUGAGCAACCUUCUCCAGAUCCAGAAGAUUUCAAGGGAAAAAACACAUAGUUUGUGUGAUUAUAAAAAUAAUCAUGUGACUGUGAUAAGCUCAGAGCUUCUGAAAAAUUAUGGAGCAGUUUUAUGAAAUCAGCUGGAGAUGAUUGCUCAACAGUGCGAGCGCCCGCCAAGCUGGCAAACUUGGUGUUACUUUACUGAUGGUGCUGAGUAAAGUUCUGAGCAGAUGCAGGUAGUAACGCUAUCCAUCACUGAGGGUGACUUUGAAAUAGAGGCUCAGGGAGAUGUGGCAACACUCCCUGCCUCAAGGAGAACGUGAAAUGGAAAUGGAGGAGUCGAACUCAUUAAGACAAUCUCCUCAUGUUACCCAAGAGAUCUGAGGGGAACAGAAAAGAUGCGAUCUCUCUUGUUUCCUGCAUGGGCCUGGAAGUUGCUGAGAACAGUUUCAAAAUUGACAAAUUCCUCCUGAAGCAGAGCAUACAUGUGUUUGGGCAGUUAAGUUCAGAGAUGGUCUGCAUGCCGAUGGGUUUCUCCAUCAGUCAGGGUAUCCAUCACAAAGUUGCCCCACACAGUGAGGCCCCUGCACCUUCCUUGUUGAUCUCUGGCUGUUGCUUUUAUGGUAAUGUUUUUAAUCCAACGUAGCUGGCCUGAGUUAAGGGCUCCAUUUACUACACUGGGGAACCUUUUUUAUUUCAAUCUCAUAAUAGCAUGCAUUGGGUAAUCCUUUCAUCCUAGCUUUCUAUAAUCAGGGAUAAUGUAUAUUCCUUAUCUGAGGUAAUGGGGAGGAAAAAGAUAAGAGAGUAGAAACAUUUAGAUAAUAUGAAUGUUAUGUAGUAUGCUGACGAGCACCAUAUAGAGGCAAGCAAGUGGUUAACAAACUCAACCACGGUCUAGAAGAAUCUCCUGUCUCUAGUCUACUGUGAGUAGAUCUGUGUGGAGCUACUUAGGGCUCUAUGCACUCUGCUCCUUACUACGCAAGCCUCCAGAAGAAUUUAUUAGAUAUUGACCUAACACCAGACCCAAGCAUGAUUCAUGUUUUCUUGCAACAUGUGUCUCAAUACAUCCAGCACCAACAAGUACAAAGAAGCAAUUUUAUGUAGGUCCACCGAAGCUGUUUUGGCAGUAAGUCCAAGGCAGUCCAAGGCAGUACAACCAACACAACUGAAGUUGACUUUAUGCAGUUGGCAGUCGCCGUGCAUCACGCUUCGGUGCUCUAGGAACACGCAGCUUGUUCUCCCUGGAACUGACUUUGGGUUGCAGAGAGUACUACUUUGAGAUCCUCAGCACAAAAAGCAGCUAAAUUUCUCUCAGGCUCAGCCUGGAAGCAAAGAGCCACAUGCACACACUGCUACAUUUAAGCUAAUAAACCCUGCAAGUCCCACGUUGUCUUAGCUGGGAGCCAGCUGCUGUAUUUCAGCACUGGAUAAAUCAUUCAGAUAACUGAGAGCUGGCUGUAUGUAUUUUGACUUUCAUAAUCUGGGAGCUAUGUCAUGAGAAAGAUGAUGAUACAUCACACAGAUCACAUCGUUUAGAAAUGCUCUUUAUUAUAAGGUCGGAAGAUGUUUAAUAAAUACAAGUGAUUUCCACCAAGUAAAAAAGGUUUGAAACAAUCUGUGGUGGUUGUGAUGUGCCUUUAAUGGUUUUAGAAAUACCUAUAACCAAAGAAGACUUAUAUAAGAAUCUUAAAAUAAUAGUAUAUUUGUCAAGGCAAGACCUGAAAAAUGUUAGAAUUAGUAUUAAAAUUAAGGUUGUCUGAUGACUUUUAUGUUGUUUUUUUUGUGUAUAUAUGUUACUACAUGAUGAGGUAACUUUUCCAAUGGGCAGCAGCUUCCUAAGGCUAACUAUUCCUUUUUAUCACCCUCAUUAGGCCCUACUUAACAGAUAUCAUUUAAACUCUUGCCUGCAGGUAAAUCUGUCAGAUUUGAAUGGAUGUUUCUACUGUGCUUUCCCAUUAGGGACAGAAAAGUUAAUUUAGUUUUUACAGUAUCCCUUUACAGAAUGAGAAAUGAGGCAGAGAUGGAGGAAGGCUAUUACUGUGAAGAGUCUACUUUUUGCAGUGUAGCUCUCAAGCAGUGUCUUGAAAUUUUUACACAGAAAAAAGCAGAAGAGGUUAUCAUAAGGGACUUUACUGAUCCCCAUCUUGGCUCAUUAGCAAGAAUUGCGUGCCAUCCUUUGGAAAGGAGACGUUACGGACAACAGCAGUCACUCCGCAAUUUGAGCAAAACAUGGAUCAUGUGGACUUUAUUCAUUUAAACGUUUUGGAAAAGAAAGUUUUUAACAACUCUGAGGUUUCAGUUCAGUAUUUAUGUUCUAAGCCUUGUAUUGUCAGCCUGGAAGCCAUAGCUUCCUCAGAGUUCAGGACUGGGGUGUCCGUAUAUAGAAGGAGAUGGAAGGACGAGAAGAACUUUUAUGUUAGUAGAACACGACAAGUACAUUUGAAAUUUCCAAGCAUCAUGGUUUACAGAGAUGAUUAUAUCAUCAGAAACUCAAUAAUAGUGCACAGCGUGAUACUGUACGCAUGGAUUAGUCAUGCAUUGGAUAGCAGCUAUGAUGUUAAGCAGAACGAAAGCUAUCAGCGGGCAGUUGCUAGGAAUUACACUUUUUUAGAAGCAGUUCCACCUUUUAAACGCCCGUAUAAAGACCACAAAGUUUGUCUUCAGUGGGGCACUGACUAUUUGUGGACACUCCAGGCGAACAGGAUACCUCAGUGCCCUCAUGAAAGUGAUGGUGUCCAGAUUCUCAGCUUCAUAUAUGCAUCCAGUGGGGAGAAAACAGGAAUUGUGAAGAAAUUUGAACGAUUUGAAAACAGAGAACUUGAGACAGUCAGACAACAUCAGAUUGAUUAUCCAAUGUUCACCAUUUCAAUCUGGCUCUAUUUACUGCAUUACUGUGAAAUGGAUCUCUGUGGCAUACUCUAUUUUAUUGAUCCAAAAGAAAUGUAUAGUACUCCUGCUGUAUUUCUACAUGAGGAAGGUUAUGUCCAUAUUCAGAUGCACCUCAUUAGAGGAGAUGAUCUUGCAGUAAAAACUAGCUUCAGCCUUCCUCUGAGGCAGUGGUUUCGACUGGAUCUCUCCUUUAAGGGUGGACAGAUAGAAGUAAGCAGUGUUGGGAAGAACUUGAAAAUACAUCAUCAUCAGUCUUUUACUUUUAGGGAAGAUUUCUAUUAUGAUGACACUGCUGGAUAUUUUGUUCUCGGAGGCAGUGGAUAUGCAAAUGGUAUUGAAGCAUUCUUUGGACCUGUGAAAUACUAUCGUCUUAAUGUGCUGGAAACAGAACAGAUUUCUAACCCUCUUUACGACAAAGAAACAACGGAACAAAUUGAGCUGUACUAUGAAAGAUGCAUGGACGUUCAAGAAAUAGUUUCUGAGUACAGACACAUCGUAAGGCAAGGCCAAGCUGUGCAAAAAGUCUGUGACUAUGAAAACUAUUAUUCAGAGCAGAUUCACAAAUACGGAGAAAAGUCCAAAUGCGAGGCCUUCAUGUGGGGAACAGAACUCAGGGAAAAAUACCACAGUUUGUUCAAACUGUUGCGAGAGAUGGAUUUCAGUUCGCCAGAUGUGUUAGAAGAUGAAAAUGAUGCAGUUCUAGAAGUUGGCUGGAGGAUAUUUGAGAAGGUUGCAAAGGGUCUAUCCAGUGCAGAUGGCUUAAGCAGUACAGGCUCCUCUAUCCCUCUCUUGGUGGACUCCAGUUGCUGUGGAUACCAUAAGGCUUCCUAUUUCCUUGCAGUUAUCUUUGAAACGGGGCUAGGUGUGCCUGUGGAUCAUACAAAGGGGCUGCUGUAUAGUUUGGUUGGCGCUCAGGGAAAUGAGAGACUUUCUGUGAUGAAUCUUGGCUAUAAACAUUACCAAGGCAUUAAUAAUUAUCCACUUGACUUGGAGCUGUCAUAUGCUUAUUACAGUAAUAUUGCAAUAAAGACAUCCUUGGAUCAACACACCAUAACAGGGGAACAGGCAUUUGUUGAAACUGUGAGGCUGAUGGAUGAUGAACUGCUAAAAGCUCAAACGAAAGAAAAUGGUGAUGUCUUUAUGUGGUUAAAACAUGAAGCAACAAGAGGAAAUGCUGCUGCACAGCAAAGAUUGGCUCAGAUGCUGUUUUGGGGCCAACAGGGAGUCGCAAAAAAUCCUGAAGCAGCAAUAGAAUGGUAUGAAAAGGGUGCAAUAGAAACAGAAGAUCCAGUGUUAAUAUAUGAUUAUGCAAUUGUGUUAUUUAAGGGUCAAGGUGUGAAAAAGAACACAAAACGUGCUUUAGAAUUGAUGAAGAAAGCAGCAGCCAAGGGCUUGCCCCAAGCGGUGAACGGAUUGGGAUGGUAUUACCACAAUUUUAAAAGAGACUACAGAAAUGCAGCCAAGCAUUGGCUAAUUGCUGAAGGACUGGGAAAUCCAGAUGCAUCAUAUAACCUCGGAGUCCUUUAUUUAGAUGGGAUUUUCCCUGGAGUGCCUGGUAGAAAUCAGACAGUAGCUGCUCAAUAUUUCUAUAAAGCUGCCCAAGGGGGACAUAUAGAAGGGACUUUACGAUGCUCUCUGUACUACAUCACAGGAAAUAUGGAAGACUUCCCAAGAGAUCCAGAAAAAGCCGUAAUCUGGGCAAAACACGUUGCAGAGAAGAAUGGCUACUUAGGUCAUGUCAUCAGAAAAGCUCUCAACGCUUAUCUGGAACUUUCAUGGCAUGAAGCUCUGCUGCAUUAUGUUUUAGCAGCUGAAACUGGGAUUGAAGUGUCACAGUCAAAUUUAGCACACAUCUGUGAAGAAAGACCAGACCUAGCAACGAGAUACCUAGCAACUGAUUGUGUUUGGAGAUACUAUAAUUUCUCUGUUUCUCAAAUCAAUGCGCCUUCAUUUGCUUAUUUGAAAAUGGGAGAUUUCUACUACUAUGGUUACCAGAACCAGUCUAAAGACCUUGAGCUCUCAGUGCGGAUGUAUGCACAAGCUGCGUUAGAGGGAGACUCACAGGGAUUCUUUAAUUUGGCCCUUCUCAUAGAAGAGGGUAACUCCAUACCUUCCUACAUACUGGAUCACUUGGAAAUCGAUCAAACUGUGCAUUCUAGCAAUACUUCACUUCUUCAGGAACUUUAUUACAGGUGCUGGAAUUACAGCAACCAAGAAUCAAUUAGUCCAUGCUCAUUAGCGUUGCUUUAUUUUCAUCUAAGAGUUUUCUGGAACAAUAUUUUACAAUCUACUCUGAUAUACUUCAUGGGAACCUUUCUUUUAUCAAUUCUGGUUGCAUUUACAAUGCAGUAUUUUCAGUCUCUAUCUGCCAGUAAUUCUCUUGAAACAAGAUCAGAACCAUCUUUAGAUGAACCUUCUUCCAUGAGGAAUAAUGAGGAUGCUUCCAGACCAGAACAGCAAGAUGAAUCUUCUUUUUCAAGUGGAAUAGCACAGCAGGAGUUAAACCCUCAAAAUCAUCUUGUUACCAGCUGAGGGGAAGGUUUCUUAAGGCUGAUGAUAUCCCUGGUGAUGAUAUCAUAUAUAAGUGAUCACCCUAUAUCAAGGUGAUAUCCCACCAUGAAAGUGGGAUAUGAACAGUUACAGAUCUAAAAACUGGCAGCCCUAUUUGUUCAUUAGCAUUAACGAUGCACUCCACCAGCCAAAAUCAUAGGGAAAUCAACUGAUCUAAUUUAUCCAUGAUAGAGGAGGAAAAAAACUAAACAACUUCUUUAACAAUGCAAAUAAAUAAAGAAUACUGAUUUUCUCACUAGACUCAACAUAUGAUCAUACAGUUUUUCUUUAAUGGACUAGAAGAAAAGACACAAAAUCUUUGCCUAACUAACUGAAGCAUGAGUAAAACUCCCACCGGUUUCAAUGAAGAAUAAAUUUUUAUUCACCUAACUAAAAUCUUAUCAAAUUGCCUUUACCACCUUUGAGCUUCUUGUACUGAUGUCCUCAACUAAGUUGGUAGCGUGGACACGAGAAGAAUGAGAGCCAGCCACCUACACUGCCCACGUCCCACAGCACAGCAGCCAGAGCUUUGGCUGGUGCACACGGUGGUAACAGCGACUUUUUUUGGCAUCUCGUAGUCCAUCCUGGAAAAUCUUUCAUACAAAAAGUGUUUUCCUUUAAAAGAAAAAUGCAUACUGGGAAGAUUUGCAACAUGAUCAUGACAUGGUAGUUCUGCUGGCUAACCCUUGAAAGUCAAAGCUUCAAAGUAUCAGCAAUUCCUUGUGGAACAGAGCAAUUACUGCCCCUCCUCCCACCCACCCCCCCACCCAAAAGAAAGCAGCUUCCUUUAAAAAAAAACAAUAAAUGAAUAUUAAAAUCAGGACAAGUAACAAAAUGAAUGAACAAUUUAUUUUCAGAUUCUUAUAUAGCUAAUAUUGGGAAGGGUUUAUUUCUGGUCCUAGAGUAAAUUUUAAAGACAUCUGUUUGUUUAAAUUGCAAUUUGUUUGAUAAAUACUAGAUGGGAUUAUAUAGAUAAUAUAUAGAGAGUGGAGGUAAUGUCUGUCUGAUUUUAAGCUGUGAGGUAAGUGGCUGAAGGAAAGGUCUCACCUUAAAAAGCAGUCACACUUACACCUCUGCAAAAUUAUUUAAAUCACAUAGAUUAUAAAUUGCAUCAAUCUAUGCAUUAUUGAGGGUUAAAUCCACUCUCUUUGCACUACAUUAUUUACUCUUGUAAAUAAAAAUAUUUUUCUAUUUCA